AUGGGUGGAAACAAAAUCACGAUCGGAAUACCGCCUCUACCCUCCGGCAUUCUGAUAGACUACCUGUGCGGGAGCGAAAUAGAAUCCGCAGCGAAAUUCAUAAUAAAAAACCACCAAGGACUCAAUGUCACCAAUGACAUCAGAAAGGCGCUGAAAGACCUCAAUAUUCAGAAGGAUAAGGAAGGACGGGCGCCUGGCAAAAGCAGACCAAAUUAUAAAAUUCUCGACAAAGUACCCCAUCUUAUAUUCAGGAAAAGCCAUACUAGCCGAAAAUCAUUGUUCCGUCGAGCUGGUAUUAAUCCUCUGGCGGCGACGAUGAGUCUAAUCAGACAACAAUUCUGGAUAUCACAACUUCGAUCACAAGUCAAAGGGCUGAACAAUCCACAGCCGGAAAGAACCUCCAACAUCCAGAUAUCUAUUAGAAGGGCUUUCAUUUCAACUGUUAACUUGUUUGUUGAUAGGUAA